UCAAAAUCAUCCGGUUGCUUGAAUCGCUUGAAUCAGUCAUUCCGUUGCUAGCAUUAUUAUUGUUUUGUGUUUUUAUCAAAAUAAACAUGGAAUCGGCACCGCAAGAGCUUUCUUUGGCUGAAAUUCGCAAUUUUAUGUUGAAAAACAAUUGUAAAGUUACUAACCACGCUUUGGUGAAGCAUUUUCGUUCGUUUUUGACCAAUAAAGAAACACAAGAAGACGCUAGGAAACUUUUCAAAAGUUAUGUCAACACUCUGGCAUCCAUCAAAACUGAAGGCAACGAAAAGUUUUUGAUUCUUCGUAAAAAAUACAUUCAUGAGUGUCCUACAGAAGAUGCCUUAAACGUUAGUUAUUCAAUGAGUCCAGGAUCACGUUCUCUUACAAUAGGUGCUUCCGACAGUGAAAGUUCUCCGUUCAAGCAACCACCACCGUAUCGUCCUCCCCCGGAGAUAUCGGACCUGAAUAGCCCUUAUUCAUACCAAGGAAGUCCAUAUGGAAGUGUUGUUUCAUCACGUAAAAACAGCACAGACGUUGGCCGUAGUGGUUCCGAAUACAGUUUUGGCAGUGAAUUAAUGUAUUCAAAUGAUUCCCAUCAACUCGGUUCAGGAUUGUCGCGAAGUGAAAGCAGUGAUUCACGCAAGAUAUCUGAAGCUUUCCGGAAGCCCAGCGUAGAGUUAUAUCAAAUUGAUUCCCAGGAAGAAACGGCUCCUGCUGUGCCACCACGAAAGCGAAAUAGUGUAGAUCAGUUCGCGGUUAAACAAAGUUCUAUCGAGGGGAAAAACUCUGAAUCAGUGAAAAGUGUUGAUCUUGAAGUGGUCUCAGAUUUUGAUAAAGAAAAUCAUGGUGUCGGCCGGGUUGCCGAUGCUGGUGAAAAUGAGGACAGAAAUGCCGGUAGUGUGGAACAGCAAGAAAGUAAUAAGUUGAGUGUCAAGGAAAAAAUGAUGAAAUUUAAUCGAUUUGCUUCAGAAGAAGAAGCAAAAAUUCCAUCGCCUAUCGGAAAAAAGAAACCAGAAAAAAACCCAAAUGAUUCGUUAAGCUCGGAAAACUUGGCACAACAUCCGAAAGCAAAAGAGUGGCUGAUUGCGGCAGCCAAUGCAAACUAUCAGGAGCUGGCGAAACUCUCAACCGAUUUUCCGAAUCUAGUGAAGCUGCAGGAUAUGAAUACGUUCCGCCACUGUUGUGGCCAAUCACCGACGCCCAGGGAGGCGACUCCACACCCAACCCAGGAC